AGUCACUAAGGUUGUGUCAUGGACCCUUCUCUUAGGAAAGAUAACCAUACAAUCAACUUCCUUUCCCCUGUUUGCCUUGAAAUACCACUCCUGCAACUCCAUUAUAUCCCAUCACCACUUGCAUACAUCUUUCAUACAGUUUGUUUCAAUGGAGAAAGUAUCCAUGGAGGUUGAUCUUGAUGACUGGGAGUUUCUCCCUGAUGAACAUCACAAAGGUGUCAUCUUCUCCUCCAAUGAAUUCAACUGUUUCUCUAAAGGACUUGUAGAUGUUAACUACUUCAUCAUCAGGCCUUCCCUUCCUUCUCUUUCCACAGAUGAAUGCAAACACAUACAAGCUCAGAGACAAGAACACCAACAAGAAGAAGAACAACAACAACAACAACAAGUCAUAGAGUUCAAAGACAUUGAAGUUGUUUCUCAGGAUGUUGUAUCUCAAGUCUUCUUCAAGAAGUGGAAGGAGGAUGAGUUUGUGGACAAGAAACUAGAUUUGGAGUUAGACUUAGAUUUGGACUCUCCCAAGUCCAUCACUAGAGGUUCCAUUAGUGCUCUGGGUUUUGAUGAAGAAGAGAAGUCUGAGGAGGAAGAAGAGGAGGAGGAAUUGGAUGAGAAGAUCAUAGAGAAGAAGCCUUGCUUUAAUGGGUUUGGAAUCACUGUUUGGAGGUGGAGUUUGUGCACCAUUGGAGUGGCAGCAGCCACUGUAUGUAUGCUUUUUUUGGGUGCCAAGCCAAGGCCAAAGCAACUUCACCAAAGUCAGAGACUUCAGUUUCAGAUGUAUUCUGAUGAACAGAGAAUAAAGCAAGUGGUGCAACAAGCUUCAAGGUUGAACCAACCACUGUCCACCAUGAGAGGAGGAGCUUCUUCUCCUUUGAUUGCAAGGUCUGCUCACAUAUCAUUUGGUGGAUACUAUGAUGCACUUUGAUGUAUUCAAUGAAUAUGUAUGUAUUUAUCUUUAGUAUAAGUGUGUAUACAAAGAUAUAAAGCAUAUAUAUAUGUAUAUGUUUGUGCUUAUUUUUAGAUAUCAUUAAUGUGAAAGAAUGAAAAAGGAAGGAAGGAUUAAAUAUAUAAUUUUCA